GUUACCUUGUUGGUAAUAAAAUGGCUUCAUUUUGUUUGAUUUUUGUUCUUCUUAUCGUUUUCGUCGGUAAAGUGGUCCCAAACAAAAACAACUAUUCAUCACGAUAUUCCGUUUUGAGUUUCAUUCGGGACAUCCACAGGACGGAACAAUUUCGACAGGUUUUGAUAGUGAAAGAAUCAAACGAUACAUUUGAUACAAAUGUUGGAUUAAAUUUUGUGAAGAAAUUAUCCCGGGAUAUUCCUGUUUUGAUUUUUUCGGAGCUUUCGUCUUUUGCGGUGAGGGAAAAAUUCAACCGAAGACAUUUGACACUAAUUUUUUUAGAAUUUCAUUCGGAUGUUUCAAUCCUCAGACAUAUGCUGAAUAGUCUUUGACACAUGAUUUUAACCAAAGUGAUAAUCCUUCUCAGUUAUCCUUACCAAAACAGUGAACAUCUUCUUGAGAGGAUUUUCAAAUUUUGUCUGAAAAAUAAUGUGAACAAUGUUUUUGCUCUUUUCCAAGAUUUUUCAAUUACAAAAACUAUCUUCUCUUUCAAUCUGAUGCCACAUUUCCAAAUUAUCACAACCCAAAUCGGUAAAGGUCAGACUGUACCUGAUCAAAGAAAAAACUUCCAAGGCUAUCCUCUGCGAGUUGCGUACGGUGGAUCCGAGCCGAAAAUCAUCUUUUCCAAGAAUCAAAAUGGGGAAAAACUUAUCAACGGAUAUGUGGCCCACUUCUUGGAGGCUUUGGCCCAAAAGCACAACAUAACUUUGCUUCGUACCAUCAUUGACACCAGACAUUCAUCUAACGAGCUUGUCGAUUUGGUUCUCAACGGAACUGUUGACAUUUCAGCAGCCCCUGCAUAUCCUGAUAUUCCACCGGAUGGAUACUCAUAUCCUCUCGAAUACACGGAUUGGUGUCUGAUGCUACCCAUCGAGCCUAGUAUCCCUCGAUACGAUAUCUUCCUGGUAGUCUUUCGUCUUGAAACUCUUCUCCUCACAGUUGGGUUUAUUGUUCUCCUAUCACUUAUUUUGGAAACUUCAAAGUUACAAGCGGGAAGAAAAACGGAUCUCCAGGGAUUCCUCCUGAACGACAAUUGCUUAAGAGGUGCACUAGGACAAUCGUUCUCCGAGAUGCGAAAUGCUCCCCUGAAAAUCAAAUUCAUCUACCUGCAGAUUUGUCUGCUCGGAAUAAUCCUCACCACUUCAUAUAAUUCGUAUUUGCAGACCUACGUCACAAGUCCUCCCACAAUUGCGAAAAUCCGCUCCUUCGACGAUCUUCUCGAGUCGAACAUCAAAGUCUUCUGUCUUGAGGAGGAAUUCCAAGAACUCCACAAAAUCGACCAUCGUUUUAGAGACAAAUAUUUCAAAAUCUUCUCAUUCGAAAAGGAUUUCGCGAGAUAUGUCAUAUUUCGGGACACUCUCAACACUAAUUUCGCUUACAUGGUCAACAGAGUUAAAUCGAUAACAAUCCAAGAGCAACAGAAAAUUUUUACCAAACCUCUGUUUCGUCAUCCAAGUGAACUUUGCUUUUUUGAUUUUAUCCCGAUAAGUUUCCCAAUUCAGGAGGAUUCCAUAUUUAGAGAUGCCAUAGACUUUUUGAUAUUACAAGUUCAUUCUUCGGGGUUGUUGCAGUUUUGGCAUAAGAAAUCAUUCAAUGAGCUCAUAGAUUCGGGUAGAAUCAAGCUGGAAGAUUUGGCAACAAAAGUGGAUUUUUUGCCAAUGAAGGUAGACGAUUUGAGACUCAUAUGGAUUGGUUUGGGUGGGGGACUUUUUGUAUCGAGCUUGUGUUUUCUUGGGGAAAUAUUGAUAGACAAAUGGAAAGAUGUUAUGGGGAGAAGAGUGAAAAAAGUUUCAAAAGACUGUGUCUUAAAGUUAUGUCAAUAAAAACAAGAAAUUAUCAUAAAAACUCUAA